UCUGCCUUUCACUCCACUGAUCUACCGCCAUCGCUCCUCCCUAGUCUCCACCACAUACGACAUCCAGUCUCUCACUUCCACCACCUUCCGGAGGUGCGGCCCGGGCCUCCAUUACCAGAAACUGAACUUCGGCAAUUUGUUGAGUAAUGGCCGUGUCCAUGUCCAGAAGGAUUUUACACUCAUUUGGUUCAUUUCGUAAUCAGUCCUUUCGAGCUUCUCAUGGGGAUCGCUUGCUUCCUGCAGAUUCCUCAAGCAUUGUUAGGUAUUUGUGUAGAAGAACACCUGUGAACGUACGGUCGCACAAAUUUUCUUCAUUAAAGGGCAAAGACGAGCUCUCCAUUGAAGAGGAAGCUGAAAGGAAAGUAGGAUGGUUAUUGAAGCUCAUCUUUGCUGGGACUGCAACUGCUGUUGGCUAUCAGCUUUUUCCCUACUUGGGAGAUAAUUUGAUACAACAGUCUGUGUCACUGUUACGAGUGAAAGACCCCUUGUUCAAACGAAUGGGAGCUUCUAGAUUGGCUCGUUUCGCAACAGAUGAGGAUAGAAGAAAGAUGAUAGUGGAGAUGGGUGGGGCUCAAGAGCUUUUGAACAUGCUGGGGACUGCUAAAGAUGACCGCACAAGGAAGGAAGCUUUUAAGGCCCUUGCUGCCCUCUCACUCUCGGAUGUAGCAGUUGCCGCUCUACACCAUGCGGGGGGACUAGCAAUUAUAAAGUCUGCACCUGAUUCCUUUGAAGAUGCAGAAAUCGAGACAUACAAAUCAAGCGUGCUGAAAAGAUUCCAAGACUUAAGAUAUGAUACUUCAUCUUGAAUAACAAUUGAGCCCCUCUAAGGUAACACCCUUGUAGUUAUGGGCUUGAAACACCAUUAAUAAGAAGAAGGAAAAUCAUGCCUGUCAAAUUUUAGGCUUUGUACAUUUGGUUCUCUCAAGACACAAAUAUUUUCUUUCAUUCUAAUAUAUGUCCAAUUGUGCUUUGUGUUGAGAGUCUCAAUAUUAUUAAAGAUGGGAGUUUGAUUUGCUCUUUC